AUGAGAACAUGGUUUCCAUCCUUCCUUUUGGCCCUGACUACGACUAUAGUCUGUGUCACAAAUACCAAUGCCGAAUACACCGGAACUGACUGCAACCCCCUCAACGAGACAUGCAGUGCUGAUCCCGCGCUUGGAACCGAGCACACAUGGCUCUUCAACUCAACUCUUGACAGCGAGCUCUGGGACAUGAAGACAGGAACACUGGACUAUACAUCUGACGGAGCAGACUUCACCAUCAAAACCGAGAACGCGUCGACUCUCCUUGUAUCCAACUUCUACAUUUUCUUCGGUGUGAUGGAAGCACACGUCAAGAUGGCGAAAGGAGCCGGCAUCAUCAGCAGUGUUAUCCUCCAAUCCGACGACCUGGAUGAGAUUGACUGGGAGUGGGUUGGAUAUAACACGAGCGGAGUGCAAUCUAAUUUCUUCGGCAAGGGGAAUACGACCACGAGUGACCGGGGCGGAUAUCAUGCUGUUUCAAAUGCCGAUACGCAGUUCCACAACUAUACCUCGUACUGGGAUAAAGACCGUCUUGAAUGGUGGAUUGAUGGGGACUUGGUGCGGACAGUGAAUUACUCCGAGGCGUUGACUGUGUAUGGCAAAAACUACCCGCAAACACCUUGUCAGGUCAAGGUUAGCAAUUGGCCGGUUGGUGUGAAGGGACAGUCGCAAGGGAAUCUCGAUUGGGGUGGCGGGUUGGUUGACUGGUCUCAUGUUCCGUUUACUAUGACUGUAUCGAAGCUCCGCGUUCAGGACUUCUCCAGUGGGAAGGAGUACAAGUACACCGGACAUACGGGCACGCGUGAAAGUAUUGAGGUCGUCAGUGGGAACUCAACCGCUAUAACACAAAUCAACAAGGUACCAGCCAAGACACUAUCCCAGAAAUGGGAUGAUCUUGGCCAGGGCGCUCAUGUCGGUGUGUACUGUGGCGCCGGUGUUGCUGCUGCUCUUCUCAUUGGCGCAUUUGUAUUUUAUUGUUUCAAGCAGCGUCGGAGCGGUCGUCUACAACGUGCCUUGCAUGAUGGGGAAUACAGCGCAGAGCUUACGACGUUGAAGGAGUCAAAGUUGAGAUGGAGACAAAGCGAGUUGCAUAGCAAAAGCAGCUACCAGCCGGUUCCUUGA